GUGGGUUUUGGUCUGGAGCAUGUAUCUAGUCAACAAAUCCAGGAGGUGGAGGAGGAUCUUGAUGAGCUCUAUGACAGUCUGGAGAUGUACAACCCCUCUGACAGUGGACCUGAGAUGGAAGAGACGGACAGCAUCCUCAGCACACCCAAACCUAAACUUAGGUAGCUGUUAUGGUGACACACACGUACAGUGCAUUCGGAUAGUAUUCAGACCCCUUGACUUUUUCCACAUUUUGUUAUUCGAAAAUGGAUUAAAUAAAUAAAAAUCCUCAUCAAUCUACACACAAUACCCCAUAAUAACAAAGUGAAAACAGAAGAAAAUGAAAUACCUUAUUAGUAUUCAGACCCUUUGCUGUGAGACUCGAAAUUGAGCUCAGGUGCAUCCUGUUUCCAUUGAUCAUCCUUGAGAUGUUUUUACAACUUGAUUGGAGUCCACCUGUGGUAAAUUCAAUUGAAUGGACAUGAUUUGGAAAGGAACACACCUGUCUAUAUAAGGUCCCACAGUUGACAGUGCAUGUCAGAGCAAAAACCAAGCCAUGUGGAUAGAAGGAAUUUUCUGUAGAGCUCCGAGACAGGAUUGUGUCGAGGCACAGAUCUGGGGAAGAGUAGCAAAACAUAUCUGCAAUAUUGAAGGUCCCCAAGAACACAGUGGCCUCCAUCAUUCUAAAAUGGAAGAAGUUUGGAACCACCAAUACUCUUCCUAGAGCUGGCCGCCCGGCCAAACUGGGCAAUCGGGGGAGAAGGGCCUUGGUCAGGGAGGUGACCAAGAACCCAAUGGUCACUCUGACAGAGCUCCAGAGUUCCUCUGUGGAGAUGGGAGAACCUUCCAGAAGGACAACCAUCUCUGCAGCACUCCACCAAUCAGGCCUUUAUGGUAGAGUGGCCAGACGGAAGCCACUCCUCAGUACAAGGCACAUGACAGCCCGCUUGGAGUUUACCAAAAGGCACCUAAAAUACUCUCAGACCAUGAUAAACAAGAUUCUCCGAUCGAAUAUCUCUGGAGAGAUCUGAAAAUAGCUGUGCAGCGAGGCUCCCCAUCCAACCUUACAGAGUUUGAGAGGAUCUGCAGAGAAUAAUGGGAGAAACUCCCCAAAUACAGGUGUUCCAAGCUUGUAGCGUCUUACCCAAGAAGACUCAAGGCUGUAAUCGUUGCCAAAGGUGCUUCAACAAGGUACUGAGUAAAGGGUCUGAAUACUUAUGUAAAUGUAAUAUUUCCGUUUUUUAUUUGUAAUACACUUGCUAAAAUUUCUAAAAAUCUGUUUUUGCUUUGUUAUUAUGGGGUAUUGUGUGUAGAUUAAUGAGGGGAAAAAACUAUGUAAUCAAUUUUAGAAUAAGGCUGUAACGUAACAAAAUGUGGAAAAAGUCAAGGGGUCUGAAUACUUUCCGAAUGCACUGUACAUUCCCAUAUAAGGGACUUAGGACUGCUAGAGUGAAUCAGUUACAGCAGGGGUAUUCAACCGAGGGUCCCCUGUGGUCCGCGGAGGUACUGCAGGGGCUCCGCGAAAAUAUAUAUACAGUAUAUAAAAAAAGUGGAUUUUAUUUCACAGCAACAACAGAAUAUACAAAUUUUUUAGACCUACAGUAGAAAAGAGGAGAAUAUCUUCUUUCUAUUAAUCAAUUUCUCAACUCUUAAUAUUGAGCCAAUUACACUCACUGGAGUAUCUGACAUCGGCUUUGAAAAAGCACCCGCGAAUAGGCUACCAGUGCGGCAAGUGCUGCUGGCUGCUGGUAAGCUUUCUUGACUUGGUCAUUAUUUUGUGGCCAACACCUGGGUAAACUUUUUUUAACCAGCUAAACUGCUGCUCUUAGCGAAAAUGUGCUUGGAGUUACCUUUCUAGCCAAUAGGCUAUGGUAGAGUUUACACUUCCUCUUCCAAUUAUAAUGUGGGUAUGUCAAAAUAAGGAAAAACAAUCAACCAUAUCAAAUCAUUUUUAAAAGUUGUUUAUUUCUCCUUGCCAUUAUCACUCACCUGAUGAUAAGAUCGUUUUUUGCUAACGUAUGAUUGGGGUCCCUGGAUUGCUGGUUUGCAUGGGAGGGGUCCCUGCCCUUGACAGAAAAGGUUGAAAGACCCCGAGAUACAGUAUAACUAUUUGACAACGUCUUUCGUCAUCAGGUCAGAUCAUCACUAUGAACACAUCAUUCCAUGUAUGUUACAGUCGGUGCUAACUUUUCUGUGUGUCCAUCCAGGCCGUUCUUUGAGGGAAUGUCCCAGUCUAGCUCUCAGACAGAGAUCACCAGCCUAAACAGCAGAGGAGGGAGCCUGGGAAGAGACGCCUGCUUCAGCCCUGUGAGUACUGGAGUGAUGGAGGGAGAGAGGGAGGGAGAGGGAGAUAAAUGAUGCAAUAAAGGAUGGAGAGGGGGGAUAUAAGGGAGACCAAUCUAGUGAGAAGGGGGUUCAACAGUUGUAGCUCAGUUGGUAGAGCAUGGCGCUUCCAACGCCAGGGUUGUGGGUUCGAUUCCCACAGGGGGCCAGUAUGAAAAAAAUAAAAGGAUGCACUCACUAACUGUAAGUCGCUCUGGAUAAGAGUGUCUGCUAAAUGACUAAAAUGUAAACAGUAUGGAGACAACAGAGAGGAAUGCUAGAGAAAAAGAGGGCGAAAGUGAAGGAUUGAGAUUCACAUCAGGUGAAGUGUAGCCUCGUUCAACCAGCCGGAUCUCGCAAGUUUAUAGCGCAGCCGUUAUCAGCUGUCAUCAGUCUGGGAAUACCAGGCUAGGUGAUGUGUGUGUAGUGACUGUAUUUCCUGUGUGUCUCCAGCAGGGGGAGCAGCGGCCUAUAGAGAUGAAACACUCUCGCAGUCGCAACCUGGAGGUAGAGGCACUCUCUGAGACGGACACACUGGUGAGAUACGCUAUAGGCUCUGCGUGCGUGUAGAAGUAGCGAUCCACUUUGAGCUCAAGCUAAUCUGUGUGUGUUCUGUGUGUAGGAGUUGACGGAUCAGGAGAUGUUUCCGGAGGGCCCCUCUAUUACGGUGUCGGGGGCUGAGAAACCGCGUACGCCCCUGAAGAGCAGCAAGAGUGAAGGAGGACAGACCAUGCCCUCCCCCAGGUAACCACACACACACACACACACACUUGCCAUAGUGACUCCAACAAAAUUACACAUGCCCGAUACCAAACCAACCUCCCAGGUGCCUUUGCAGAUGUGCAUAUUUUCCUCUGAAAGGUAGAAUUGUUCCAAUCCUUCAAACCUAGAGGUAAGGGUUUGGGGUCAAUUUUGAGUUUUAACACAAACACGUAGCACCCUCCACACUGGUUGAACGGGGGAUUUGUCUCUAAAAGAUGUGUGUGUUCCACAGACUGGAUGGCGGAGGCCACACCCCCAAACAGAAGAGACAGAGCAGUACUCCUAUGAAAGAGAGACAGCUGUCUAAACCAAUCAGUGAAGGGGGGAGGACCAACAGCUCCGACAGCGAGAGAUCCCCCGAACUGGGACACAGCUCACAGGUAACUCACGUACACACACACACACACACACACACACACACACACACACACACACACACACGUUCUUAAAACUACUGUUAGCGCCAAAGUAUUGGGACAGUGACACAUUCUGUUGUUGUUUUCACUCUAUACUCCAGCACUUGAAAUGAUAUAAUGACUCUGAGGUUACAGUGCAGACUGCCAGCUUUAAUUUGAGGGUAUUUCAUUUUGAGGGUAUAUCGGGUGAACCGUUUAGAUAUUACAGCACUUUUUGUACAUAGUCCCCCCAUAUUUUGGGACAAAUUCACUUAUGUGUAUUAAAGUAGUAAAAAGUUAAGUAUUUGGUCCCACAUUCAUAGCACGCAAUGACUACAUCAAUCUUUUGACUCUACACAUUUGUUGGAUGCUUUUGCUGUUUGUUUUGGUUGUGUUUCAGAUUAUUUUGUGCCCAAUAGAAAUCAAAUGAAAUUGUAUUUGUCACAUGCGCCGAAUACAACAGGUGUAGACCUUACAGUGAAAUGCUUACUUACAAGCCUUAACCAACAAUGCAGUUCAAGAAAUAGAGUUAAGAAAAUAUUUAAAAUAAUAAUAAUAUGUAACACAAUACAAUAACAAUAACGAGGCUAUAUACAAGGGGUACCGGUAUCGAGUCAAUGUGCCGGGGGUACAGGGUAGUCAAGGUGAAUGGAAAUAAUGUAUUGUGUCAUUUUGGAGUCACUUUUAUUGUAAAUAAGAAUAGAAAAUGUUUCUAAACAUUUCUACAUUAAUGUGGAUGCUACCAUGGUUACGGAUAAUCCUGAAUGAGUCGUGAAUAAUGAUGAGUGAGAAAGUUACAGAGGCAUAAAUAUCAUAUCCCCAAGACACGCUAACCUCUCACCAUUAUAAUAACAGGAGAGGUUAGCAUUUUUGGGGGGGUAUGAUAUUUGUGCGCAUGACACACACACACGUACACACGUACACACGUACACACACACACACACACACACGUACACACACACACACACACACACACACACACACACACACUCUCUUAUAGCAGGGGGUCUUAUAGUUCCAGUUAUCACAUCUCAUCCAUCCAGAGCUAGCUUAAGGACAGCACAGCACAUUUAUAUUGAAAACGCACAGCACAUUAUAUGCCAAGAAAAAAAUAUUGUCUCUCUCCAUCUUGAUCUCUCCGUUCCUCUCCUCCUCCUGCUCCCUUCUUCUUGUCUAAAUAAAUAACUUAAAUGUACCCAUGACGACGAGACCAAGAAUAAAUUAUGUAUAUGUUGAUGAGUCAUCAAAAAAGAAACUGUUCCACUUGCUCCACUUUGUGUGCGUGUGUGUUUGUGUGUGUGCGUGUGUGUGUUUGUGUGUGUGCGUGUGUGUGUGUGUGUGUGUGUGUGUGCUGUGUGUGUGUGUGUGUGCGUGUGUGUGUUUGUGUGCGUGUGUGUGUGCGUGCUGUGUGCGUGCUGUGUGUGUGUCUGUAUGGGUGGGUGUGUAGGUCCUGAGGAAGGCGGUGUAUGAUCAGCUGAACCAGAUCCUUCUGUCUGACGCGGCUCUGCCUGAGAGUCUCAUCCUGGUCAAUGGCACCGACUGGCAGGGCCAGGUAAGAACCAUGAGUGUGUGCUAGUGGUGCACGGGUCAGCUGUUUGUUCACCCACGCCCGCAAUUGCUAAUAACCCAUCCGCAACAGCCCGACUAUAUGUGAUAAAGUUACAAUCUGAGGCCAGCACCCGUCCCUAACCGGCUAAAUGCGCUGUAGGCUACAGUCAGAGACGGUGGAACAGUGGAGGCUGCUGAGGGGAGGACGGCUCAUAAGAAUGGCUGGAACGGAGCGAAUGGAAUGGCAUCAACACCUGGAAACCAUGGAAACCAUGUGUUUGAUGUAUUUGAUACCAUUCCGCUCCAGCCAUUCCCACAAGCCCGUUCUCCACAAUUCAGGUGCCAUCAACCUCCUGUGUGGCGAAACGAUUUUUUAACAGAAACUGUAUGUUUCUGCUUAUAAUUUCCGACAUUUUGGUAGGCUAUUUGUUCAACUUGUCUAUAAUUAUAUACAUGCAGCUUCUCUUCUGUCAUAUUGUUGCCCUAGAAGACUAAAUAAACCCUUGCUCAUCAGAAUAGUGUCAUAAAUCAAUAGAAUUUAUGCUUCAAUCUACGGUAGUAGCAAAGACGUUUAGGGACCGGGGAGAAAAUGCAGUAACUCAAAUAAAACUGGAAAGAUUUUCUGUGCAAAAUGUCCAAAUGACAUCAGUUUGACCGAUUGUAUGGAAGUAGAAAGCUGUGAAAACAACCCAACAUGUUUCUGAUAAGAUUUCAGUUCGGUUUGGAUGCAUAUUUUAUGUGGUUGAAAUACUAUCAGCGUGUAUGAUACUGAUAAAGAUAGCAGCUCUACAGACGGUAUCUGACUGCGCAUUCACAUUCUGUCAACAUGCUGAAAUAAAUCAUAUUUCUCCACUCCUGUUCCUGAGUCAAAAUGUAGCGUAUUUUUGGUGUAUCAUUUUACAACAAGAAAUGCUUAAUUCUGCAGGAGUUAAUAUUAAGACUAUGUGAGAGGUUAUAGACCUACAGUCUGUGUCCAGAUUUCAGUUUCCAUUUAACCCAUCUGAACAGUAGGCUACAGUUCCCUUGACGUGCCAUAGGCCUAUCUGAAAUCCCCUGAAUUCAACCCACGCAUCACUAGUGUGUGCACACGUGUUUGUUGCGUCAGAACAAACCUGGAUGUUGCUGCAGUUCUCUAAGUGUGUGUUCCAGUACGUUGGCGAGCAGCUGCAGGUACAGAGGCACCCGGUGGUGUGUACGUGUUCAGGAGCUGAGAUCCAGGCGGUGCUGUCUGCUGUCCUCACACGCAUCCAGAAGUUGUGAGUCGCACGCACACACACACACACACACACACACACACACACAUACACACUCACACACACACACACACACACCCAGAGUUGUGAGUCUGUUGGUUUAACACAUUAUCUAUGCUCUGUUAAUCUCACUGUCUAUGAAAUAUUUACACAUCAGAACUCAGACAGUCACAUACAAUAUUGAGUUGAUUCAGAAUUCUGUCUAUUCUCUCAUUUCCUUUCUGCUCUAGUUUCCUCUCUUCUCUCGUUUCCUCUCUCUCUCGUUUCCUCUCUUCUUCGUUUCCUCUCUUCUCUCGUUUCCUCUCUUCUCUCGUUUCUUCUCUGCUCUCGUUUCCUCUCUUCUCUCGUUUCCUCUCUUCUCUCGUUUCUUCUCUUCUCUCGUUUCCUCCCCUCUCACAUUUUUGUUGAUUUAUUAAAUUAAGUAUUUCAAAUGUCAUGGUAUAUCCUUGUAGGUCACAAUGUCACAAGGAUAAUCGAAUUACAUUUAUAACAAAGCUUUUUCAUAGUCAAAAUAGGCCUAAAGAAAAUCACAAAAAAUUAACACUCACUCAAGUAAUCGAAUACUAAUUUCAGUUCGAAUAUCUGGAUAUUCGAUUAACCGUGCUCAUCGCUACUUGGUGGGUGUCAUAGCUGUGUUAUGCCAGUGAUUAUCUUUACCCCCCACUCCCCUCUCUCUCUCUCUCUUUUCCCCUCUCUCACUCCCCACCCCUCUCCUCUCUCCCCCUCUCUACUUUCCUCUCCAGUUGUAACUGUAACUCGUCAAUGCCCAGGCCGGUCAAGGUGGCAGUCGUGGGUAGUCAGAGCUACCUUGGUGCCAUCCUGCAGUUCUUUGUCACACAGCUGGCAAGCAAGACCUCUGAUUGGCUCAACCACCUGAGGUUCCUGGUGGUUCCCCUGGGUGAGACAAAAACAUGGGCGCCAUCCGUCCGUAUCCAUGGUGACAGGCGUAGUGAUGGGUUGAUAUUGGAAAGAGUUGUUGUUGUCAGGCUGAUCACGUACACUAAAAGAUAUUCUCUCCAUCUUUCUCUCUCUCUCUCUCUCUCUCUCUCUCUCUCUCUCUCUCUCUCUCUCUCUCUCAUGGUCUUAUAGGCUCUCAUCCUGUUGCUAAGCACCUGGGUGCCAUAGACAACCGUUACAGCUCUGCGUUCUUAGACGGGGCGUGGAGAGACAUGUUCAGCCGCUCUGAACCCCCACAGACAGGUACACACACACACACACACACACACUGGAUCUGGAUACAUAAAGUUAGCACACAGAGCCUGACCUCUGACCUCUUACCAAUGACCUCUAAUUUUUGAUCUGUGUUCCUGUCCCCUGUGCUGCAGACCUGUUGGACGUAGCCGGUAGGAUCUCCCAGUACAUCAGUGGAGCCACUGUCACACACCAGCUGCCCAUCGCUGAGGCCAUGCUUACCUGCAAACACAGGACGUGAGUGGGCACGCGCGCACACACACACACACACAUACACAAACUGUCAGGGUGUAACACAUACCUUAACCAGAGCAAUAGCUACAAGAUGGUAUUUAAUACAAAACCCAUAUAACUGGUCAUAACUCAUUAUUUGUCUCUGUUCAGGCGUGAUGAAGAUUCCUACCAGAAGUUCAUUCCCUUUAUUGGGGUACGUAUAUAAAAAAACAGGUCUCUCUAUAGCCUCUUCCAUAGAUCUACCCUUGAAAAUGUACAUCUAGUUUGUAUAGUAACUCUUCAGCUGAUUUAGGGUGUUAGAAUAUGAGGUAUUUUUCCUGAUGUUGUAGCAACAGGAUGUUGUCAUGUGUUUCAGGUGGUGAAGGUUGGUCUGAUUGAGCCGGGCCCUUCCUCUACAGGUAGGUGGUUUAAAAUGUAGAACCAAUGAAGAAAUAGACUCUCUUACUGCUAAAUAUGCAUCUUCCAGGCCUAUUUACUUGAUAAUAUUACAAAUAAUGACAUUAAUCUCACCUCCAUUCCUUGCCCCUGUGGUCGCCUAGGAGACGCAGAAGAGGGCGUGGCAGUGAGUUUAGCUGUUCCCUCUACAUCCCCUCCCUCCCACGGCUCUCCCACCGGGCUGAUCAAAGAGGCUGCCACUCCCCCCUCCUCUCCUUCUAUGAGCAGUGUUCAGGCAGUACAGGGGUACGUUUGCACCCACCGACUAGCUUGGUGUAGUCUUUUGUGUUGUUAAAAUCUCUGGGCAAUUCCAGUUCUCAGGAGCUGCUACGUUUUCUCUUCUCUUUCUGAGUAAUCAUUAGUGGAUCAAUUCAGUGCCAGAGAGUGUCUGCACACCUUUAAUGUCUAAAUCAGUCCCUGAAAGGAACGAGAACCAAUAAACAAUAGACACUGUGGCCCCCAUUGACCUGACAGAGUUGCCUACCCCUGUCUGAGAGAGAGGAAGGAAAGAGAAAGGGAGAAAGAGGAAUGUUACCAACACACUGCUUCUCCUCAGAUCAGCCAUCUCAGGUUCAUUAUGUCCCCUUCAUGUCUGUCCUGGUGAAACUCUAGAGCAGUGAUCCUCUCUGUCCAUCUAAAAAUAACCACAGCAGCAUCAGCAGCUUCUAGUGUUAUAGCCCAUCAUUGUUUUGGGGUUUGGUGCUGUAACACACUUUCUUGUCCUCUGUAUAGCCAAACUCAGGGUCAGGGUUGACGCACCAUAUGAAAUGUAUGCCCCUGAAUCCAUAACCCUCUCUGUCGCUGAAUACCUCAUCCCUCCAUCUCACAAAUUAACACAGCUUUUUACACUUUUAACAAAGAACCUCCAUAAAUUUCCCUUUCCUGUAUUGUAUCCUAACCCCUCCUCGUCCUGUCUCUGGCCCCUCCCCUUCCUGUCCCAGGAGCCCCAGUAUGUCCCAUGGUGUGGACGCCAUUGGGUUGCAGGUGGACUACUGGCUGGCGUCGCUGGCAGAGAAGCGUCGAGAGGGCGAGCGGCGUGACACAGGCUGUAAGAACACCCUGAAGAGUGCCUUCAGGUCCCUGCAGGUCAGCAGGCUACCAGAAGGGGGCAGCAGUGAAGCCCAGGCCCAGGUCAGCACCAUGGCCAUGACCGUGGUCACCAAGGAGAAGAACAAGAAGGGUAAAGAGUUUUAGAAUACCACUGUUUUAUAUGGCACAAGCAAAGUAAUAAGAAAAAACAUAGUUUUUAAUGCUGAAUGAUCAGUGGAAAAGAUGCAUUCCUUCUAGUUGAGGUUUUCUUCUUUCUUCCUACAGUAUGUGACUGUUAUAGUCUGCCUGGUUGUGUAGUUAUAGAGAUCCUAUUACAUUAUCUAAUUCCCAAUUCUAUGUGUAUAGUAAUGAAGGUUGACUCUCUAUCCCACUCUCUCUCUCCCUCCCUCUCUCUCCCUCUGUAGUUCCAACCAUAUUCCUGGGUAAGAAGCCGAAGGAGAAGGAUGUCGACUCUAAGAGCCAGGUCAUUGAGGGCAUCAGCAGACUCAUCUGUUCUGCCAAGCAGCAUCAGACCAUCCUGAAAGGUACAGGAGCAUGAGACAAGGAGGGAGGGAGAGCGGGAAAGAGAGAUGACUAGUGAAAGUGAAGAGAAGGCUCGGAGAAGAAGAGGGAGGGAGGGGAGGGAGAUUAUAGUGCUUCUCUAGAUGCAAGAUCUUUAGAAAGAGUAGACACAUCAAUAAAGAUUUGAAGGAAGGGGAAAUUAUUUAUUGGGGAUGUUAGAGGAAAGAGAAAAUGGAGAAUGGGCUGUGUGAAUGGACCUCUAAGUGUCUCUAAGACUGUGUCCGAAAUAGAACCCUAUUCCUUACACUGGACCAAUAGGUCUCUGGUCCAAUAGCGCUCUGGUCACUACUGUAUAUAGGGAGAAGAGAGCCAUUUCAGACACCGCCGCAUACUAGGUUCAAACAUCUGUGACCCUUGAAAGACCUUCGCCUUGAAAAACUAGAAAAAAGCUGUUUGUCCCUCUUGAGACUGCGUAUCAACAGUGUAGCCCGUAUGCACUUCCUCAAAAUAGUCAAGAUAAAUCAAGAAAUCUGUCAUUAAUUUUGACAUUUUUGCAGAGGGAGGUCUUAGUCGCGCAUUUUUACAUCUAACUAAGAUGUUUGGUGCAGUAUUUCUCAAGUGAAAAAAUGUGCAUGAAAACUAGUCGUCUCUCGUUGAAUGACAACAAACACUUCAUUGAAGAAUCCUGUCCAUAGUUCCCACUCCUACUAGGAGUAGUAUUGUUGACCAAUCACCAAAGGGGUGUAGACUUAUGGUAUCGAACUACGACUUGCCUCAACAAUUUUUUUUAUGUGCGCAAAUUUUGGCAUAAUAUAUGCGCAACUGUUUCUACUGGGAAGCAUGCGACAGGCUUAAGUGUUCCCUGUCUGAACAACAGUCAUACUUAACCAGUAUCUCUGUGUCUCCUGUGUGUCUCUCAGUGUCCAUAGACGGAGUCAUACUUAACCAGUAUCUCUGUGUCUCCUGUGUGUCUCUCAGUGUCCAUAGACGGAGUGGAGUGGAAUGACGUCAAGUUCUUCCAGCUGGCUGCCCAGUGGCCCACGCAUGUCAAGUAUCUCCCUGUUGGACUGUUUGGUUACAGCAAACCCACCUCCUAG